AUGAGGACAUCUCAGCCAGCUUCAGUGCACCAGAGUGUGAGUGUUGGUCACUACCUGCUACAUCCAAACAAUAGGGAGUUCAACCAGGGGACACGGCCCGCUCUGGCCAAUCAUCGCCUCGGAGCACUUCUUCUGACCCCUGACCUUUCGACACACACAGUGUUCAGAUCAUACAUCAGCGCUGGGACCUCCGCGAGCUUUUUCUUUCCAUUUAAGAUUUACCCAAAGACAGCGCGGAAACAAAAACGAUCUCAAGGUGUGAAUGUGAGCCAUGAAUUUUCCAAAAAUUAUUUCAAGAGACAGCUCCUCUGCGAUUCAUCACAGAAACACUCGUGUCAAGGCCGUGCAGGGCGCAGAUAUGAGCUGAAACAGGCUGGCUUUGUGCGUGUAAUUUAG